AAAGGCUAGUUUCCAGGCCUUUUGCGUAGGUUUUAAGUGGUCAUUGGUCUAGAGAUUUUAGCUUGACCUGGCAACCCUGACCCUGAUAGGCGAGGACUCGCUGAGGCGCACAAUGCACAUUGACAAGGGUUGUCUCACAGAUCUUUACAUUUCAUAUUUGUUUCCAAAUGAAAGGUCGUUAGAGAAUCGUUCUAUUUUGUUUGUACUUGAAGACUGGUUACGAUAUUUGGUUUAACCGGAAAUAUCGGCAAAUAAUUCAACUUCCCCGGACACAAGUGGAUUACACUGUGGGCCGCUGAAGGAGUUAUCCUGCCAGGGGCUUGGUCGAUACCCUCCUUGAUGGAACUCAAGACCGCGGCUUCAGUAGGGCCUUGAAUAAUUUAGUUUUUAAUGGUUCUGGAGCAAAAACAAAUGAGUGUAGGGAGAGACAUCGAUAACACACGAAUAGUGGGUGACUAAACAGUCACAAUAUAACGUCAGAUUUAGUGUAUAAAAAAAGGUACAGUUUGGAUUAGCUAGGUAUCUACAUUAGCUCGCUACCCAACUACGGCUAGCUAGCUACGUCUUUCUUUGAUAAUUCAACCAUUCGUAUUGGGCCCAUCGUCAGGCUGGAGAAAAUGUUCGCUUUUACUGUCAGCUCCAGGGUAACAGCUAGUUGUGGAUUUUGUGCUAAUCAAUACUUUGGAAGGUAUUUUAAAUAAUGUUUUUAUUUACUAUAACGUUGUCUACUCCGUGAUAAUUAGCUACAUUGCGUUUGCAAUAAACUGGCUAGACAAUUAUUUAACUAGCUAGCUAAUACUAGCAUAAUAAAGCACUUGAAUACAUUUAACGUUAGCUAGGUAGCAACUACCAAGUGAACAUAAUUCUUAUGUAUGGCUAAAGUUGGCUACAGAAACAGUUAAUCAAACUGUUUAACUAAAAUGCUUGGAAUACUUGUGGAUGCACUAAAUGAGCUAGCUAUAUAGAUGCUUUAAAUUGGCAACAAAUGAUCUUGCUCUGGUGAUUUGGCCGUGGCAGGUAGCUAAUGUUAUCGUUCGUUAGCUAGUUAUCAUUGGCUAAUGUGCGAUUUGGCUAGUUAACUAGGUUAGCUAAUUUGUCAGCUCGUGCCGAAAUUGUAAUUAAAACGAGAUGGGGUGUAUUUACAUUGUAGCAAUACCUCAGUAAAUGUAACAUUCGUAUAAAAUAGGCGUUUUUAGUGAAUAACAACAAGCAAGUUAAGUUGGACAGCUAACUAGCGUUAGUCCUUUUUAUUUACAUACGCAUAUUUGGUUGUUGGUUUGCCAGCUAGCCUUCUUUGAGACUGCGAAUUAGCCAUGUAUUGACAGCUUAACUUGGAUAUACUUCUGCUGAGCACACUAGCUAAUACCACCAAUUCUGGAAAUAAAGAUUUAAUCUUCGUGAAUUGACAUGACAGUCAAAUUUAGCCGAGAGAAAGGCACAGAUGCCAUUCUGUCCGCAAAAGACACUAGUUAAAUAGACUAACGUUACUUUUAACGCCAUUUUAAACAGGGGCUCCGGUGUGGGCCUUUGUGGUGGUGUUUAACUUUUGGCUAAGGAAAGUGCCUUCGACUGGGACGGAUUUUUAAAAGUGCCUUAGGUCAGACUGGGACUGGUGCUGUUUGUUUUGACAUGGAAGGUCCGAGUCAAAGCAGUGGGUUCAGACAGAGCCGACGCUCCCGUUCUCAACGAGACAGAGAGCGGCGCAGGAGAAGAGUAGACCUUGCUGAGCAGCGGGCCACAUCGCCCUCCUCGGGCUCGGAAAAGGAGCUUUGCGGGCCAGGAUCUGUACUCGUUCCUGGAGGUAGAGAAUGUCGACCCGGGUUUGCCGGCCCCAGACACAGGCCUCCUCGUCGGAGGAAGCGCAAGUCGGUGUACUGUGAGGAGGACAUCAUCGAUGGCUUCUCAAUUGCCAGCUUCAACAGCUUUGAGGCCCUGGAGAUGGACUGCUCCAUGAAGCCUACCCAGCGUGCCGCCAUGCUCAUGGGAAGGGGGAGCAAGAGGAAGAGGGGCCCGGAGGAGAAUGGUAAAAGGCCCCUCUCAGAGCCCGAGGAAGGGGCCCCACCUAGCUUCUCCCGCAGCUGUUGGAAGAAGAGAAAGAUUGAGGGUGGGGGCAUCCUCUUCUUGGAGACUGGCUACAUCUGUGACACAGAGAGCGAGUCAGCAGAUAAGGCCUCCGACAGUGACAUGGGGCCAAUAUUCAUUGUCAGCACAAGGAAAGUUUUGGAACCUAUCCCUGUGAGCAUGGCCUCUAUGGGCAAAGGCUGCCCUACACUUCCGCUGCCAGGCCGCUGUGGCCUCUCCCGGCUGGCGGUCACCCCGCGUGUCUCUGGCCUGGAGCGCAGCCAGGAGAGGAGUCUGGAGCCGCCUUACCCUGAGCCCCUGUCUACCUCACCCUCCUUCUCCUGCCUGCCGUCCCUCUCCCCGGCCAUGGUCGCACGGCCCGGACAGCUCAACGGCAGCAGCGAUGGCCUUCGCCACAACGCCCACCACAACCCCAGCCCGCCGCACUCCAAACACAAGUCCUUCCUCACCUUCCCCGGACGACACCCAUCCAUCUACAGCAUGGGCAUCAACAACAGGAACGGUACAUCAGUCAAGCCCCCAUCCUCUUCUGCUGCUUCUUCCUCGUUGUCUAUACGACCCCCAACUCCCUCUUCCAGUAUGUCGAUGUCCCUAAUUAGAGGUCCAGGGUCAUUAGCAUCUCUGCGCCCCCCUUCACGUGCUGGCUCUGGUGCCAUGUUCACCCCCUCCCCUGGGCUUCCUCCUCCACCUCCUCUCCUCACUUCCCACUCAGGAGCAGACCAGGACCUGCUGCGCCAGGACCUGCUGCGCCAGGGCCUGAACUCUCACUUCCUGGCCUCGCAGGAUCGCGAGGGCCGCCGCAGCGUACCUGGGGCUGAGCUCAACGGUGGCGGGCCAGGCCUCUCUACUCCCGGUGGUCCAUCGGGGGCCAGCCCCAGCUCGGGCUCCUCAGGCCGCUCCUCCCAGGCCCAGCCCGGAAUUCAGCCCCUGGCCUUCCAGUUCCACCAGCACAACCACCAGCACCAGCACACACAUACGCACCAACACUUCACCCCCUUCCUGCACCCCACUCCCUCCGCACCACCGCCUCAGCACCUGUUUGACAAAUAUGGCAAGAUGGAGGGACUCUACAGAAACACUUUCUUCCCACAGUACCCUCCUCCCCCAGUGCCAGGCAUCCAGCCCGUGCUUCCUCCCAAUGGGCCCUUCAGCUCUCUGCAAGGAGCCUUCCAGCCUAAGCCCCUUGUCCCCCAGGGAACAAGUCCUGAGAUGACAGCUCGACUGGGGGUUGUACCUCACCACCUGCAGCCCAAAGACCCCAGGCUAACUGAUCCAUUUGGGACAUCGUUGAAAGUCAGUAAUAAACCAGGGAAGUGGUGUGCUAUGCAUGUACGUGUGGCGUGGAUGAUUCUGAGACAUCAGAAGAAAGUGAAGCUGAUGCAGGCUGAUCCGCACAAGCUGGACUUCCGUAACGAGAUGUUGGCUCGUCUUCCGGGCUCCGGGGGCCUGGGUACACUUGGGCCCCUUGGUGGUGGUGGCCUCCCCUCUGCCCACGACCUUAACCGACCUGCCAGCCUCUUUACAGCCACUGAUCCGUACGGCCGCUCACCUCCGUUCACCCCUCUCGGAGCCCUGGGCUCUGGUGCCUUUGGGGGACUUGGCAGCCCUACGCUGGCUAACAGCUCUGUGUUUGGCCACAAGGAGCCUCCUGCCGUCGGGGGCUUACCCAACCCUCAUGACCCAUGGAACCGACUGCACGGUGGGCCUCCCCCCUUGGCUGGCCCCAGUUGGGCCAAGGGGGCUGAGAAGAGGGACGAGCGUGACACAGGGAAGGACAUUAUUCACAUCAAAGAUGAGAAAGACAGAGACAAUAUGCUAUAUGGUCGUCAACCUGUGCGGAUGUCUCCAGUGGCCCCGGCCCUCACUCUCCAGCAGCACCGCGGCAGCACCCCUGUCUCCCACAUCAACGGGCACGGGGGCCCUCUGGGAGGCCCCAGCAGUCUCACUGAGGAUCUGACACGCAGAGAUGGAGACAAAAGGCUGCUCCUCUCGGUCUCCUCCAGGCCACCUCCUCUAGGCCCUUCAUCCUCAGCAGCUGCAACAGACAGAGACAGACCUCGCUCCUCCUCUUCCUCUGUGCUGACGACUCCACCGCCCUCUGGACUCGGCGCCCCCUCCCCCUUGGAUCUGUACCCCCGUCAGCAGCCCGCAGCGCUGCACAGCCUACACAGCGAACCCUCUCACUCAUCACAGAGAGAGGGAGGCCCCCCUGCCUCAUCCUGUUCCUCAGCCACGGUCACCUCUCUGUCCCAGGGUAAGAAGCCUGACCGAACCAACACCCCGGUGCCCAAGCCUCCCCCAGUCAAGGUCAAGGAGGAAAGGAAGGAGGAACCAGAGCUCGUGCCAAUCUCCUUGCCGCCGCCUCUGCCCCCCAACUACGACAGGCCCAACAGCCGCCCUCACCACCGCUCCGCCACCCCCUCUUCUCUCUCUCUGACUUCCACGUCCGGAGUGCCCCUACCUCCUCCGACCCCGCACAACCCUCAUCAUCAUCUCUCCCUCCUGGAGCGCUCUCGAGCGCAGGCUGCCAUUGAGGCCUAUCUGGGGAGCACACAAGGGGGUGGGGGGAUAGUAGUGGGUCCAGGGGGGGAGAGGUUCUCCACCCACCCCCAUGGCCCACCCCAGGGGCACGGCCAGCACCCCCACAGCUUCCAAUGGGACCCAUGGAGGGAGCUGGCUGCCCAACAGCAGCAGCAGCAACGCCGAGAGGCCAUGGCCCUGCGUUCGGACCCCCACCUGGCGCUGCGCUCUGACCCCCACCUGGCCCGGCUGCUCCAGGCCCAGCACGCCCAGCGCUUCCUGGAGGCCGAGAGGGCGGCAGCCUUGGCAGCAGCUGUGGCUGCCAACAACCCUCACCACCACCCUCCUACCUCUACCUCCUCGGUCCGCCAGGAGUUUGGCCUGAUGGCCCACCACUUUGACCGCCCUCCUCAGCUGGGGCCCCCAGGUGGCGGCCUCAUGGAUGAGCAGCAGCGCGCCCAGAUCCUAAGGGAAGACUUUGAAAGGGCACGCUACUUCGGGAUGCACGCUCACCCGCACCUCUCGGGCUCCCACCACCCACCGGGUUCUCACGCAGCCCACCUGGAGCAGCUGCACGCCGGGAUGCUCUCCCACUCACAUCUCCAUCAGCCUGGAGCCUCCAACUCUUCGCCCCACCACCCCAGCCUCUACUCCCGCCUGGGGCCUCUCCACACUCACCACGUGCCCAAUGGCAUCCUUGCCAAGACCCCUGCUGGCCUGGUGGGGGCACUGUCCGUAGGCGCCCCCCCUCCACUCAUUCCAUCUGUGACAAGCAGGUCUUCCACCCCGACUCGUAGACUGGGUGGGCCGGGGGACUUGGCACUGUACAGCUCUCACAAAGAAGGCGAGUCCAGAUAGUACAGGAACACACCGUAGGAGUAGUAGGGAAAUGUCAGGAUUACUGUGCUGCUCUCACUGUUUCCUGUAAGAUGGAACACCUUUUAGGAACUACAACACACACAGCUUACUCAGGCUCUAGACCAAUCACGGUCUCAGCUCCCCCAAAUGGUGUUGCUGGUUGAUUGGGUCGAAGGCGGUGAAGGGAAGGGAUACGGAGAUUUGUCAGGGUGACUCAGUACAUUUAUCCACAAUGGUUCUAUCAGUGCAAUUUUAAGGUACAUGGUUUAUGUGCAUCCUGGUGUGUUAUUUUAAGGUUGUUUUUUUUCCAUUUGAGAAAUCUAUAAAAUGAUAGCUGUAUGAAGAGGCGGAGGCUUUUCCAAUUGAAUAUGAUCAGGUUUGAAGCAGGCUUUUUCAGGUUGGGUAAGAUGAACUCCUAGAGAGAUGUGCAUAUUUUGUACAUGUGAAUGGUUCAUCCUCUCAUUCUAAGUAAUGAGAUCUAUAAAUCCCUUUGCAUAAAUCAAACAUGUUGGGCUGUUUUCUGGAUGAGAGCUGAAGAAUUAUGGUAGUACAUAGUGCUGGGACGAUACCAAGGGGCAAAAUAUUUUUCCAUGGCAAAAAUUAAAACACACAGCAGACAACUCUUUGGUCUGUUAAAAACCUGCCAUGUGUAAAAUAUUGUGUGCUAUAGCUUGGAGAUAAUUUUUUUACUCUGGAUAACAACAAUGUUUGUUUCCAACAUUUAGGGCUAUUUGUCUAAAGUUUAAUCCGCUUCGUGUUUUGUUUUCUUGCCACGAUACUAACGAGUAUCGUGACACUGGUAUCGUCCUGGCUCUAGUAGUAUAUUUCUAUGGUUUUAUUUUUUUUGUGUCCUCUUUUAUUGUGAAAAGACUGUAGAUUACCGAUGAAACUUCUAAAGAUUCUAAAUCGAUAAAGAACCAUAGGCUUCUGUACUUCGGUUCUCCGCUCCUCACAAAAAAUGACCCCGCUACCCUCAACUUCACCACUCCUCUGUGCUCUAUGAACCUCUGUUCCAGCUCUUGUAUUUAAAAGAAUGAUGUUAUGAACUAUGCGGCCAAGGUGGACAAUGUCUAAAACUGAAACUUUCCCAUUCACAUUUCUGACUCGACAUUAUGAGCAGGACCAGUAGUCUAGUGAAAUUGCCUUUGUAAUUAUUAUUAUUGUUAACAUUAAUUAUCUUCUAUAAUGAUAAUAAAUAUAUUCACUGUUUUUUAUGUUAUUUGUCAUUGUUUUCAGGUAUCACGAAUGCACUCCCCUGUUAGUAACAAAUUAAAGUUGUUCCAGAUCAGGCAGUAAAAGUUUUGUAUGACUGAGAAAGGAAAUGCUUGUGAACGUGAGUAAGACACAACCAUAAAAACCUCUGGCCUCUUCAUGGAUCAGAUCUUUGAAUACACUGAGAGGGAGCUUUGUGUUUGUUGUCGCAUCACAUUUUGGACUCUGAACGCCUGCCGGCAAGUCAUUUUCACAGGGAUGUUCCAUGAGCAGAUAAAUUAUGUACGUGGAAAAAUGGGACAUCUACUGGACGACUGAGAAAAGAAUCCGUAGACUUGUGCGUACUACACAUGACUGGACUGAGAGGAGGAAAAUACAUUUGGGUCGAUUAUUUUAAGACCAUUUUAUACCUUUCAAACCCCUUCUAGAGACCACAAAGAUGAAUUAUUAAAUGAAUUGUUGGUUA